UCAAGAUUUUGAUCAGCAUCGCAACUCCACCUGCGACCUUUGCAAGAAAUUCUGAGAAGAGAGAAAAAAAUCAACUCGCUAAGAAAAAAAAAAAUCCAUAAUUUCCAAAGACCCAUUUAUUUGAACCCGGAAGCCUCUCACAUUCACAUCCUAAAAAUGGAAAGCGGAAUCAGUUUUCGUAUUUUCUUUGGUCUGUUGGCUAUCAUGGUCUGCUGUGUGAUAGUUUCAGAAGCUCAGAUGCCUCCGAGAUACAAGCGAUCCAUUGUCGAGAUUGAUAACCCCAAGGAAACUCUGCAAGUUCUUGGAAAUCUUGCGCAAAGGAUAUUAGAAGCCGAAGGUAUUUCAAACGAAAAAAGAGGUUUAGAUCUUGGCCUGUCUCGUGGAUUUUCUGGUAGCCAAGCCGCCAAACAUCUGAUGGGCCUGUCUGCAGCUAGCUUCGCCAAUGGGCCAGGAAGGAAACGCCGUUUCGCCGAUGAAACCCAAUAAUAUGAUACCUUAUGAGUUUUGUAUAAAUCAGAAAGCUUGACUUUGUCUUUUUUUGCACUUCUUUACAUAACAUUAUCCUUUCAGAUGAACUAUGUGUGCCAAACCUUGUAAUAUAUCAGUAGAAUCUUUCUCUAAAUUAUUUUCCGUGAAGAAGAAAGUUGAAAUUUACAGAUGUUUAUUGUAGUGAUGUAGUAGAAAUAUCACCAUUUUUUUGAUUUGUAGUAUUUAGACUCAAUAAAAAUUUCUGCUGCGCAGAA